GGUUAGGGCUUUCACUAGUUUUAAUGCCCCUUUUCUGUUCCAGGAUCCCAACUAGGAUACCACAUUACAGUAGUCUUCAUGCCUGCUUCGUGUCCUUUGGUUGAGCCUGUUGUCCUGAAGAACCAGAAACUCAAAGGAACCAAUAUUCCUUCUACAAAGAGCCCCAUCUUUGGUGAGGCUGUUUCUGGAGUCCAUACGAUGACCAAGGUCCUGGGCGUGGCCGCAGGUCUGGGCCAUGGGCCUCUACAGGAGCAGGCGGGGCCUGUGGUUGUGAAAGUUGAGGAGGAGGAGAAGGAGAAGUGCUUUCCCAGCCUGGAGAUGUUCCGCCAGCGCUUCAGGCAGUUUGGAUACCAUGACACACCUGGACCCCGGGAGGCCCUGAGCCAGCUCCGGGUGCUCUGCUGUGAGUGGCUGAGGCCUGAGAUCCACACCAAGGAGCAGAUCCUGGAGCUGCUGGUGCUGGAGCAGUUCCUGACCAUCCUGCCCCGGGAGCUGCAGGCCUGGGUACAGGAGCACUGUCCAGAGAGUGCUGAAGAGGCUGUCACUCUCCUGGAAGACCUGAAGCGAGAACUGCGGGGGGAGGGGGAGGAGGUUUCACCUCCUCCAAAUGAACAGAAACAGGCAUGGGAGAAGAUGUCCUCUUCAGGAACAGCAAAGGAAUCUCUGAGCAGCACCCAGCCACAGUCUGUGGAAACAAGUCCCAAAUAUGAAUCUUGGGGACCCCUGUACAUCCAAGAGACUGGUGAAGAGCAGGAUUUCACUCCAGAGCUAAGACAGAAUCAAGAUUGUAAAUCGAACACCCAGAAUGAGGAAUCAACAGAUAUGCAGGAAAGUUCUGAAGAGUCUCAUGCAGAAGAAUUCAAAAAGGAUAUUACUCCCAUGGUUAUUGCCAAUAAAUUUGAGGCCAAGUUAGAAAGGCAAUGGGCAAACCUUGAAAAAGAAAGAGGAAAGAAAACCUCUGUCCUAGACAAAGGUUCCAAGAAAGGUAGAGAAUUAAUGUCCACUAAACCUGCCCCAGGAGAGAGACGUUACAUAUGUGCUGAGUGUGGAAAAGCCUUUAGCAAUAGCUCAAAUCUUACUAAACACCGGAGAACACACACUGGGGAAAAACCCUAUGUAUGCACCAAAUGUGGAAAAGCCUUCAGCCACAGCUCAAACCUUACCCUUCAUUACAGAACACACUUGGUGGACCGGCCCUAUGACUGUAAGUGUGGAAAAGCCUUCGGUCAGAGCUCAGAUCUCCUUAAACAUCAGCGCAUGCACACUGAAGAGGCACCAUAUCAGUGUAAAGAUUGUGGGAAAGCUUUCAGUGGUAAAGGCAGCCUCAUUCGACACUAUCGAAUACACACUGGAGAGAAACCUUAUCAGUGUAAUGAAUGUGGGAAGAGCUUUAGUCAGCAUGCAGGUCUUAGUUCUCAUCAGAGACUCCACACUGGAGAAAAGCCAUAUAAAUGUAAGGAGUGUGGAAAAGCUUUCAACCACAGCUCCAAUUUUAAUAAACAUCAUAGAAUCCAUACUGGGGAAAAGCCCUAUUGGUGUAAUAAUUGUGGGAAAACCUUCUGUAGUAAGUCAAAUCUUUCCAAACAUCAGAGAGUCCACACUGGAGAGGGAGAAGUGCUUUAACUGUCAAGUAGGCUCUCAGUGUUACUGUGUGUGUGUGUUUGUAACUCUAGAACGUGGAUGCUAGGGAGAAGUCAGAUAAUUGUAAUAUAGACUUAAGUGCUAGGUUUUGUUUCAUUCAACAUCAAAAGACCCUGGAGGAGUGAGAGCAAUGGCACAGUAGGAAGGAAGGUCCUAGGCAGGGGUGGGCAAACUUUUUGACUCAAGGGCCACAAUGGGUUCUUAAACUGGACUGGAGGGCCG